AUGAAGCAAGACAUAGUCGACACUCACAACACUUUAAGGCGGAACUUUUCCAAAGGUGCUAACGGAGGAUCUGCUGCAAACAUGAAGAAAUUAAUAUGGCGGGAUGACCUCGCGAGAAGAGCCAGAAUACACCUAAGACUUAGUUGUAAAUUUCCAAAUUUACCAUUCUUUGCAAUAAAUGACAGUGAUACUUGUUCCAACCUUGCUAGGACCUCGACUGGAGACAUUGCUAGUGAUAUUCAGACUUGGUACAGUGAACUCAUAGGGAAUUUUUAUCCUCCGGAUCCACUGUAUGAAACUUUUGGAGUGUGUUGGCCGCAGGAAAACUGCUCCCAUGCUACUGUACUUUUAAAUGCUGACUUCCGCUACGUAGGCUGCUCAUUCAGACGACGUUGCGGGGGCAUGGGCUCACUUUAUUGUAUAUAUGAAUCUGAUACUGAACUCGAUACAUCGGGUCCCUGGGGUCAGUUUUAUAAAGAUGGUGCUGUUUGUACGAAGUGCUCCAACGAUACAUCGUUCUGUGACGAUGGCCUAUGUAAUUGUCAAAAGAAUUGCUCUGCGCCAUACACAGGGCAUGGGGAGCUUGACCCAGCCACGUGUUCAUGUACAUGUCAGUACGGCAUGGGACCAAACUGCGACGAACCAUGUAGAGACGCGGCCUUGGACAGUUAUGAAGCCUAUGACAUUUGUGGCGAGCACAUAGAUGCCCAAAGUUGUGAAAACGUUCCCUUUGUGAGAGCCAGUUGUGCCAAGACAUGCGGGACAUGUCUCACACCUAUAUAUCAUCAACAGUUGAAGAAACACAGUGUGAUGCAAGGAUCCGGUUACGUUACUCCACACGUGUACGUAAUAAAGUACCGCUACACGGGAGACAACCCUAAUAGCUUUAACCGUUACUGA